UUGCCUCACAGAGAUAAAACCGUUUAAUGUGCAUAGAUAUACCUAAGUUUACUUCACAUUUGAAUUGUUCUUUUUCUUUUCUUUGUCUUGUUUACAUAGUAUAGUCGGAGUGCGGUGCGGAUUGCCGAUUGUUUGUGCGUUUUUAAGUUUAGAAGUUACCAGAAACAAUUUACUUUUUUUGUUAUUUUGACGUUUUUGUUUACUUGUUCUUGUUUUGUGCUUUCUUUUUGCUGAAGAAAUGAACGGUACUCCCGAGAAUCCUCCCAAGAGGAUGAGAAUGGAAAAACAGCAGAAACCCUGUUGUGUUCCAGGGUGCAAGGACUUUUUGAGUAAGACGCAUCGUUUCCCCAAAAACAACCUACCGGUUUUCAGAGCUUGGAUUCGAGCUGUUAAACCAAAAAAUUGGGAUAUAUUGACUUUAGAUCAGGUGUAUAAUAGAUAUUUAGUAUGUGAUGUUCAUUUUGCCAAAAAAGAUUGUAUGCCGGGGUUUCAAAGAGGUCUUAAAGCCAAUGCAGUUCCUAUGCUUAAUUUACCAGUGAGUGAAGAUAAAGAAGUAGGAGAUGAUUUAUAUGUGCAUGAAUCAAACUCAAUAGAUUAUAAUUCAUCAGAUAUGGACAUAGACAUAACUUUGCCAGACCCAAUAACAAUGAUCAGUGUUGUAACUGAUCAAGAAAACAAUCACCCUAUUAAUGCUAUUGAAUUGUUUUCUCCUAUUUGCAAACCCUCCACUUCUCAGAAUGUUUCUAAUCAAGCAGCACCUUGUGCUGCAACGCAGAGCGCAACACCUGAAACCAAGCCCAAACCACAAAUCAGCUACAAACAGAUGCUAAACCAGUUAAUUGAGACACCAUUGUCACCUCCAAAAUCACAUGUCAUUGUCACUUCUAAGAUCAAUGGAACUAAAAAAGCACGAAAAUUAAAGACAGGUAAGUCAUAUUAAAGUGGAUUUCAUCUAUUUCAGGGAGGAUCCAGACUCCAGGUUCAAAUGGAGUUUUCGGAGAUGCUCUUUCCAUCCAGAAUAUUUUUUUAGGAUGGUAUCACUUCUGGUUAUACCGGUAUUAAGACCUCUACUUGUUGAUAUUAAAUCAAAUAUCCUGUAUAUUCUUAUAAUUUUAUAUAAGUCUUACAGAAUUUAGCUCUGUAGCUAAAUAGUAUAGAUUAAAAAAAUAGCUAAUAUUAUAGAUAAAAAAAAAUACU